AUGGCGCUGAUCCAUGAAAAAGUGCUCAACAACCUCGACGACGCCACGUCCCUCUUGCAACGACGGGGCGCAAAGUACUCCUCGCGGCCGCGCCUCGUGAUGGCCCAGGACAUCCUGUCUCGGGGCAUGCGCGGACUCACGAUGCCCUAUGGGGAACAGUGGCAAACUUGGCGCAAGGCAGGACUUCCUUGCGCUAUCCAAUCCGCCGGCCUCAGCGGACGCGCAGCCUCGGGAUACCGCGAGCAUCAAACGCUGGAAGCCACCGUUCUCCUGCAGAAGAUCCUGCGGGAGCCUGGGGACUACGCCUACCACCUGUCGCUCUUUGCCACGAACGUGGUCAUGUCCAUCUCGUACGGCUUUCGGGUCAGCGACCUUGAAGACGCUUGGGUCAAGUCGCAUCUGCUGUGUAUCAAGGGUAUUUGUUUGGCCCUCGCGUGCAUGAGUCCUGGCUCACCGAUGACACCACAGCGCUUCUUGCAGUGGUUCAGAGGCGACGCAGACGCAGCCUACGAGAGAGCGGCAACGCUGUACAUGAAGCUUCUCAUGGACGUCAAGGACAAGAUGGAGAAGGGCGUCGCCAAGGACUGUCUCGCGGCCUACUGCCUCACCGAGCAGCAGUCCAUCGGCUGGACGCACCUCCAGCUCGCCUUCGCCGUCAGCGCACCGUUCGGCGCCGGGAUCGACACCACAGCCGGAUCCCUCGAGGCCGGAAUAUGCGCGAUCCUCCGCAACCCCGCCGCGACGCGCACGGCCCAGGCCGAGCUCGACCACGUCGUCGGCCGCGCGCGCCUCCCGACGUUCGCCGACGAGCCGCGGCUCCCGUACGUCGCCGCCUGGCUCCGCGAGCUCACGCGCUGGUUCUCCGUCGCCCCGCUCGGCGUCCCGCACGCGGUCACCGCGGACGACGACCACGGGGGCGCGCACGUCCCCAAGGGCUCGACGGUCGUCGCCAACUUGUACUCCAUCCUCCGGGACCCGCGCAAGUUCCCAGAGCCGGAGACGUUCAGGCCGGAGCGCUUCUUGUCCGACGACGGGACCGCCGCAAAGGAGUUCACUCCCCCGUUCGGGUUCGGAAGGCGCCAAUGCGUGGGCAUGCCGCUCGCGCAGCAGUCCCUCUUCAUCGUGCUCUCGAGGUUCUUGUGGGCUUUCGACUUCAUCCCUGCUGAAGAUGAGACUGGAAAACCUUUGCUUCCGGAUAUGAACGGCGAACAGACGCUAGGUCUGACGCGCAAACCGGUCCAAGCCAAGUUCACAGUGCGUGUCCGGUUCCCCGAAGCAGCAGAGAUCCUGGAGAAAGAGGUGGCUGCUGCCGAAGACUUGUUGCAAGGGUGGAUGUAG